AGCAGUGAAUGACAGCAGUCAUUGAUGUUAUUUUAUUUUUCUCGAGUUGUCGUGCAACCCCCGCUUCCGUGUUUAAACUUUUCUUUGUCCUUGUUGUGUGCUAGGCUUCAUUCUCUUCUGUCGCUUACAAAACAUGUUCACCGCAACAGCUGCUACCGCGAGCUGCAGCUCGACUGCGCGCUGCUGGUUACGGCACGGCGCCGAGGCCACUGCGAGAUACAACCGACGCAGCCCCCCGCACCAGCAACUCCAACUUGUAAAGAUGCUCCAGGCCGCCACACCAAGUGCCUACAGGAGAUCGAAGAUUUAUUCCAGACGAAGCACCACUCGAUGUUUCUCGUCCGCGUCUGACGUGCCGAUAGUCCCGAUGAUCAUCAACGGGGAAAAGAUCAUCUCCAAAACGGAAAAGUUCUUUGACGUGCACAACCCUGCCACCGGGGAGCUGAUCGCCAAAACGCCUUUGUGUCUCCCCUCCGAAAUGGAGGAAGCGGUGGCUGGGUGCAAGGAGGCGUUCAAAUUUUGGAAGAAGGUCGCGCCGAGCAGCCGUGCCCGUGUGAUGCACAAGUUCGAGGCGAAAAUACGGGAAAACACGGAGGAGUUGGCACAACUCAUCACCAAGGAACAGGGGAAGACCAUUGCGGAUGCAAAUGGUGAAAUUGAAUGUCGAAAUUCAUGAAUUAGAAUUUCCAUAUUAAGAUAUCUCAUCUGUGUGUUCGUCCGCAUCCAUGUGGGACGACCUUGCAGAAGCGCAACAUAUCAACAAAAAGAAUCUACUUACGACCAAAAAACACGCAGGCGACAUCUUCCGCGGUCUCGAAGUUGUCGAAAUGGCCUGCGCUCUCCCCUCCUGGCUGCAGGGCGAGUCUCUGCAGAACAUCGCGGACGGCGUGGAUUGCCAUUCCUACCGAACGCCGUUGGGCGUCACCGCCGGGAUCGCGCCGUUUAACUUCCCGGCGAUGAUUCCUCUAUGGAUGUUCCCCUUUUCCGCCGGUUGCGGGAACACCAUGUUGAUGAAACCGUCGGAACGAGUGCCGUUGUCCUAUUCAGAGGAAAAAUCCCCCCUCCCCAUAUCAAAACGAAGUUUCUGAUGCUGGAUUUGCGUACACAAAUCAGAUUUGUCUUGCUGGAGAGGACGGCAGGCUUAUACUAAGCCCGAACUGGGAGGCUUUGAUCUAGGCACUGAGCAUGGCAAACGUGUAGUCUCUAGGGCCAACAGCAUCACAAACCGCCAACAGCGUGCGGCAGAGCCUGCGCGGUUGCGUCCUUGCAAGACAGAGACGAUUUGAGGUCACAAAUCAGCAUGACAAAUUUUCUGGGGCGUGCCUUUUCGAUAUGGGGAGGGGGGAUUUUUCCUUACGAUAUGUCCACCAUCCGCCUCAUGGAGCUCGCGAAGGAAUCCGGCCUGCCGGAUGGGGUCUGCAACGUGAUCCACGGCACCUUUGACGCGGUAAACUUCAUCUGCGACCACGAAGACAUCAGGGCGAUCUCCUUUGUGGGCGGGAAUUCCGCCGGGGAGCACAUCUACGAACGGGCGGCCAAAACCGGAAAGCGCGCGCAGUGCAACAUGGGCGCGAAGAACCACUGCAUUGUGCUUCCGGACGCGGACCCGGACACGGUGGUGAACGCUUUAGCCGGGGCUUCUUGCGGCGCCGCCGGGCAGCGGUGCAUGGCGAUCUCCGUGGCGAUCUUCGUCGGCAGCGCGAAGGAAAUGAUCCCGAGGAUCGCAGAAGCGGCAUCGACGCUGAAAGUGGGGAGAGGUACUACCAAAGGAGGGCGUUUGAUGGCAAGUUUGUAAUAUUUGUUUUGCUGAAAUGAUAGAUUUUUUGGAAGUAGAUAGUGACGGCACUCAAAGCAAAUGCACUGAGCCUUCACCUUCUGAAGAUGCCUAACCUGCUAAAUAAAUCCGUCCUCCAGGUACCGAGCCCGGCGUGUCUAUCGGUCCUCUGAUUUCCAAGGAGGCCAAGUCCCGCGUUGAAACCGCAAUCCAGUCGGGAAUUGACCAGGGCGCCGAGCUUCUGAUCGACGGCCGGAAUCCUACCCUUUCGGACGCGAGUCUCCAGAACGGAUAUUUUGUGGGUUCCUCGGUGUUCAGCAAAGUCACAGCCGACAUGGACAUCUACCAGAAAGAGAUUUUCGGGCCGGUGCUCAGCUGCAUGGAAGUGGAGACGUUUGAUGACGCUUUGCAAAUUUCGAACAAUAACCCCUACGGAAACGGGUGCGCGGUGUUCACGCAGUCCGGGUUCAAUGCCAGGAAGUAUGUGGAUGAGGUACUGAGCGUACUAGUACUGAUUGUGAUGAAGGGCUUUAUUCGUCGUGUCUUGUCACUUCAUGUUGCGUCUUUACAUUUGAGUGGGCACGGCUUAUGAAGUAGCAGCACCGGUGAUCGCGAUUCAGCAUGAGACGAAAUUUUUUUUGCAAGACAAGAUCCCGAUCGCAAAAAAUCCUUGACCCCCCACAGAUUGAAGCGGGCCAGGUAGGUGUGAACCUGCCCAUUCCAGUUCCGCUUCCCAUGUUUUCCUUCACGGGGAAUAAGAAGUCCAUCCGUGGGGACCUGAAUUUCUACGGGAAGGCCGGCAUGCAGUUCUUUACACAAUGGAAGACCGUGACGAGCAAUUGGCGGCAGACAAAGAGCAGCGAGCAAAAGGUGCAAGCGAGCAUGCCGAUCAUGAAGUAGGUGGUUGAAAUUCAACACGGGAUUUUUUCAACAAUGACUGUUCUUGUGUAACCAUAGCAUCAGUUACUUCACCAGCUUAAGGGAGUUGUAUGGGCCACGUAGCUACUUAGAUUUUUGCAGAGCUAUCAAUUUGCGCACGGAUUUGCAUAUUGGUUGUGAUCAAGAACGCUGGACGACUUGCAACUAUACCAGAGGUGGCUCGCAGAC